UGCACUCAAGCACGCAAAGAGGGAGAGAGCAUGGCUACGAUCGGGAUGUCACAAGCUGCCGCCGCCGCCACUGCCUUCCUUCUUACAGACGCACUCGUGCCGGUUUGGGAGUGGAAUGGAGUGGACGUAUCCGCCACGCUUCUAAAUAUCUCCGGGUCCUUUUUCGCAGGGCUCGCCAAUGGAGGGGGGAUGGCGCCGGAGGAUAGCAAGAAUAGCGAGGUCCGAGCGGCGAACUCAAUAGUCAUCAGUGGCUUCUUGGCGGUGUGGACAAGCUUGGCGUUCGUGGUGGAACACGGAGCCCAUCUUGCUGUCGUUGCAUCCUUGGAGGCUGGAGUGGGGUACCUGUUGGUUUCCAUUCUUCUGGGCUGGGGAGUUUAUUUGCAGGCCCACCGGUGGGGUAGGCGAUGGAGGGUUUCCCGCAAAGCGGUCGACUGGGCAAAGAGAGGCCCGCUGUGGAUGUGCAAGGGGGCGGAGAAGACGGCGCUGGUGGCGGCGGUGGCGGCCAUGGCGUGGGGCAGCUGGAUGGCAGGCCAACACCCACACAAGCUCGGCUGGGGGAUUAUCAUGGCCGUCAUGGGUGGAAUAAUCGGCAACUGGUUCUCGACCUUAAACGGAGGGGCCGAAGGGCGAAUUGUCUGGGGAGACUGGCGGUGCAACGCUUUGUCAUUCGCCGGGGUGAUCACUGCCGGUCGGUACGCCGCGAGCCUGGAGCCGGAGGAGCGAGAGGCGACGUUAGAGAGCGCUUUCUUCGUUGCUCUGGUCGCCCAAGGCUUCGGGACAAUUUCGGGUUUCUCCGACCUCUCAGCGGAUGCUGGCGACCUGGCCCUCAAGGGCGACUACUGGGGUGCUGCGGCCAACAUGCUGCUCAACAUCGCUACAGCAGUGGUCGCUCUAUUCGCGCGAUUCAAGGCAGCGAAAAUAUUUAUUUCUUGAUUUUAGUGUUGAUAUUGAACGUGCGAACAUGGUGGCCGCCAAUGCAUUUGGGGAGAAAGAGGCAACGUAUUGUUUCGAACUAGCAGCCCCGAUGGAGCGUGCAGGUCCGUGAGGUCGUCGUGUAUAGUGUGCGUGCCCACUUCGAUUCAGUCGUAUUUUAUUCCGUGCGUGUUUUAUGCCAGCGAUAGUCUUGGUUUAAGUCUAGGGGGGCGGGGGCGGCAAUCGUCCCUUGUAAAUUUUUGGAGCACAUCAAGAAAUUCAAGCUCGUUUUACAAUAGUUGUAUGUAUGCAUAUAUUGCGUGUAAAUUCAUUGUUCGCAGCUUGAGGCGAUGUGUAGUACGUGGGUACGCGAGGUUGUGGUCGUACAGGUAGGUGCAAUGGUUUUAUCCUAGUUGGCCGUAGUGCAUCGUUUUCAAAACUCCCAAGAUGGGGGCGAGACAGUCAUGCCGACGAUGCAAGUCCUUAUAAAGGACUGCUGUAAAACAGCUCUCUCACACC